AUGAAUAUGAAAUGUGAAUGUUUUGACACUAAUAGAGGGGUAAGGGUCCAUCCUCAACAUGGUCUUGUGGAAAUCAAUGUCAAAUUAAGGCUAGCAUCAUCUGAUCCAUUUAUUUUAGCUCAACAAGCUCAUCAAGUUUGCUAUAUUAAAUAUCCUAAAAUCAAUAAAGUCAGAGUUGACUGGUGUGCGGUUUUCAAAACCAAAACUAGGAGCACUUACAAUAUUAGACCUUCCGUGGUUAACAACAAUUCAAAUGAGCAAAACUCCAAUGAUGUUGCUUAUCAAGAGGAUGAUGUCUCAAGACCUCAAGAAAUUGUACCAACAACCGAACUUGAUGAUCCCACAAUGUUACUUGAUUCAAGUAGUAUGGUUGAGGUGGAUGUUAAUGAAUUGCAACAAGUGCAACAACCACUUGAAGUGGUGGAAGAUGAAGAUGAGGAUGUAGAGGGAGAGGAUGAAGAAGAGGAAGAAGACACUGAAGAGUCAGAUGACGAUUUAGAAGUUGAUGGUAUUGAUAGUGAUGUUGAUGUCAACUUAGAAGAUGAUUCUGAAUGAUACAUUAUGCCUCGAAGAGCAGUAUCAUCUAGAGGUAGAGGACAUAGCCAGCAGCUCUCUAUGAAUGAAAC